AUGAACGUCAACAGCAGUAGUGGAACGGAGUUAAGCCGACCAAGUACAGGAGUAUCAAUGGCGACUGUUGCUUCGAAUUUGAAGACCCCAUCUAAUGAUUUUGUCCGUAAGCUAUAUGGCAUCCUUGAAAGGUGCGAAUACCCAGAUAUUGUCCGCUGGACAGAGACCGGAGAGAGCUUUGUUGUGCUUGACACCGGAAAGUUCACCACUCAAAUACUACCGAAUCAUUUCAAGCACUCCAACUUCGCUAGUUUUGUUCGUCAACUGAACAAGUAUGAUUUCCACAAGGUUAAGAAAACGCCAGAAGAAAGACAAACCUCACAAUAUGGCGAAUUAAGUUGGGAGUUCAAGCAUCCUUUUUUCACUAUUCAUAAUGAGGAGGCUCUCGAUAAUAUCAAAAGGAAGACUACAGUACAGAAGAAGAUUUUGUUAGAUGACAGCACCGUUCUUUUGAAGCCAAACGAACAACAUGGUUUACAUGAUAAUUCAGCUGUGAACCUUAUACUAGCAAACUCAGUAACUAAGGAUAAAUUCAAUCUUUUGAAAAGACGGGUCGAUCGUUUGCAAAAGGAGUUGGAACUUGCGAAGGAAGAGAAAUACGCGGCCAAGUUGGAAUUCCAGAAACUCAACUCCAAAUACAAUACUAUCGUGGAGAGCUUAAUCACCUUUAAAAGUGUUAAUGAUAAUUUAAUGACUGGCUUCAACCAAUUGUGCUCCAUGUUGUCAAGUCGGGGAUUUGAAGUGCCACAGCCCUUUUACGACCAAAUGAAUCGUGGCGGGAAUCUGAGCAAAGGCGCAUUAAAUGAACACAAACCUCAAAAAUCUUUUGAUCUUGAUACUGCAGCUGCGUCAAUGGUCCCAGGAACGAUGCCUUUGGCAGCACCCUCUCACCCAUCAGGAGCAGCCCCAGGUGACCUUUCACUUCCAUUGGCGCAUAUUACGGCCAGUAAGCCACCAGGAGGUCUCGACACAAACGAUACUUCCGUGCUGAAGGAAGGGUUUCAUGUUUUACUUGUUGAGGACGACGCAGUUUGCAUUCAGUUGUGCUCUAAGUUCUUAAGAAAGUACGGCUGUACUGUGGAAGUGGUGACUGAUGGUCUCUCAGCCAUUUCAACUCUGGAAAAAUUUCGAUACGAUUUGGUGCUUAUGGAUAUUGUUAUGCCCAAUUUAGAUGGUGCCACAGCGACUUCAAUAGUACGAAGUUUUGAUAAUCACACGCCUAUUAUCGCAAUGACAGGUAAUAUCGAGGAUCAAGAUCUAAUAACAUAUUUACAGCAUGGCAUGAAUGACAUACUUGCUAAACCAUUCACCAAGGAUGAUCUACAUUCUAUGCUAAUCCGCUAUCUCAAAGAUAGAGUACCAUUGGUUAAGCAACAGGAAGAAAGAGAACGCACAGGUGAUCCCCCUCAAACUCAGCCGCAAUCACAACCAGGAUCUCAGCCUCAGUCACAGCCGGGUUCAGCACCGCAAACACGAUCCCAUUCGAUAACUCAGAUAAGACCUCAGUUGCAAAGUCAUCAAUCAAUGCAAUCGAUUGAAGAGAGUGUUUCGCAGCCGUCCUCAACAGUAUCAGAAAGCGAUGUGAAUGCUCUGAUAGAAGAUGAACCGUUACUGAAGAAGCAACGAGUGCAACUGAAAGAAUGA